UGCUAUCUUCACAUUCACACACCAAUUCAGACAUACACACAAACACACACACAAACAGUCAGCAGCUUCUAUCAGGCAUCUUUCAUGACAGUCUUGUCUAACUUCUGAUUCAAAAAGGAGGCAGGGACACAAACACACCACUCACUGCAGGCGCAGACAUACGGGAAACUGCCACUGUGUCACAUAAUAAGCCACUAGAGAGAAACCGCUGAUCUCGGACCAGCUGGAAGGACAAGAUGGGUGUGUGGGCAGCUCUGAUUCUGGCCUCACAGCUGCUAUUAAAACUGAGCUUACACGUAAAGGCCCAGGCUUUAGUCUAUGAUCUGCUCACCUCGCCUGAUUGCCUGCCAGACCUGCUGCAGGGAGGUCUGGCUGAGCAAGGGGUGAACGAGGCUUUCAUCCUAACCUCCUUCAAGUUGCAGCCCAACACCGGAACCAGUGUGUUUACCCUGUACAACCCCAGGGACAACAGCAAGUACUUUGAAUUCACUGUGAUGGGGAAGCUCAGUAGAGCUGUGUUACGCUACCUGCGGAGUGACAAGAGGAUGAGCUCAGUAACCUUCAACAACCUGGUGCUGGCAGACGGCCAACAACACAGACUGUUGUUCCACCUGAAGGGGAUGCAGCAGCAGGGGCCGGGCGGGGUCGAGCUGCAUCUGGACUGCAGGCUGGUGGAGACGGUCCGGGAUCUCCCCGCUGCCUUCCAGGGUUUGCCAGCAGGCUACGGUCUGGUGGAGCUAAAGACCAUGCAAGCCAGAGAGCAGGAGAGUUUAGACGAGCUCAAGCUGGUGGUUGGGGACACAUUUGAGAAUGUUGCUUCAUUACAAGACUGCCAUCUCCAACAAAGAGACUCUGUCCAAACUCUGGGGGUCAACACGAAGCAGCUGUCCAAUCAAAUGCUGGAGUUAACCAAGGUGAUAAAUGAGCUGAAAGAUGUCCUCAUUCAGCAGGUCAAAGAGACAUCCUUUCUAAGAAACACCAUCUCAGAGUGUCAGGCCUGCGGUCUGGGAGGUACUGAGGUGGUGAAACCAAAGUGUGGCUCAGGUGUCUGUUUCCGUGACGAUAUGUGUAUAGAGACAGCUGAUGGUGUUGAGUGUGGACCUUGUCCUGAUGGCUACACCGGGGAUGGUUUCAACUGUGAUGAUGUGAAUGAGUGCCAGUUUAACCCCUGUUUCCCUGGAGUGAAGUGUGUAAACACUGCACCGGGUUUCCGCUGUGAUGCCUGUCCGCUGGGCUACACCGGCCUGGCAGUGGAGGGUGUGGGCAUUUUGUUCGCCCAGACCAACAAACAGGUCUGCGAUGAUGUUGACGAAUGCAAAGGACCCAACAAUGGAGGCUGCACAGCAAACUCAAUCUGUCACAACUCUGUGGGCUCUUACCACUGUGGCAGCUGUAAAUCAGGUUUCACAGGAGAUCCGGUGAAGGGCUGUAAGCCAGAGAUCAGCUGCGGCAACAGCCUGACCAACCCCUGCGAUAUCAAUGCCCAGUGUAUAGCAGAGAGGGACGGGUCAAUCCAUUGUCAGUGUGGAAUUGGCUGGGCUGGUAACGGAUACUUGUGUGGGAAGGAUACCGACAUUGACGGAUACCCAGAUGACAAACUCAAAUGCAAAGAUUUGAGCUGUAGAAAGGAUAACUGCAUCUUCGUUCCUAACUCCGGUCAAGAGGAUGCCGACAGGGAUGGUCAUGGAGACGCCUGUGAUGACGAUGCAGAUGGUGACGGUAUACCAAACGAGCAGGACAACUGCUGGUUGAAGGCCAACGUGGACCAGAGGAACAGUGAUAAGGACAGCCACGGUGACGCCUGUGAUAACUGUCGCAUUGUGGAGAACCCUGACCAGAGGGACACCGACAGCGACGGCAAAGGGGACGCCUGUGAUGACGACAUGGAUGGAGACGGCCUGAAGAACUUUCUGGACAACUGCCAGCGUGUCCAAAACAGAGACCAGCUGGACCGGGACGGAGACGGAGUGGGAGACGCCUGCGACAGCUGCCCCGACAUCCCCAACCCAAACCAGUCUGAUAUUGACAAUGACCUGGUUGGAGACUCCUGUGACACAAAUCAAGACAGUGAUGGCGACGGUCACCAGGAUACCAAGGAUAAUUGCCCGUUCGUGAUAAAUAGCUCUCAGCUGGACACGGACAAAGACGGGUUGGGUGACGAGUGUGACGAUGACGACGACAACGAUGGGAUCCCUGACACCAUACCACCGGGACCAGACAACUGUCGGCUGGUACCAAACCCUGACCAGAUUGACGACAAUAACGAUGGAGUUGGAGACGUGUGUGAGUCUGACUUUGACCAGGACAAAGUGAUUGACAGGAUUGACAACUGUCCUGAAAAUGCUGAGGUUACCUUGACUGACUUCAGAGCCUAUCAGACGGUGGUGCUGGACCCUGAAGGCGACGCCCAGAUUGACCCCAACUGGGUUGUUUUGAACCAGGGAAUGGAAAUUGUUCAGACCAUGAAUAGUGACCCAGGACUUGCUGUUGGUUACACUGCUUUCAGUGGAGUGGACUUUGAGGGCACAUUUCACGUGAAUACAGUGACUGACGAUGACUACGCUGGCUUCAUCUUUGGCUACCAGGAUUCGUCCUCCUUCUACGUGGUGAUGUGGAAGCAGACGGAGCAGACCUACUGGCAGGCAACACCCUUCAGAGCUGUGGCCGAGCCCGGCAUCCAGCUUAAGGCUGUGAAGUCUAGAACGGGCCCCGGGGAGCACUUGAGAAACUCGCUGUGGCACACGGGAGACACCAACGACCAGGUGCGUCUGCUGUGGAAGGACCCGAGAAAUGUAGGCUGGAAGGACAAGGUGUCCUACCGUUGGUACCUGCAGCACCGUCCACAAGUUGGAUACAUCAGGGCGCGGUUUUAUGAAGGAACUGAGCUGGUGGCAGACUCUGGUGUAACUAUUGACACGACAAUGAGAGGAGGACGACUCGGUGUGUUCUGUUUCUCUCAAGAAAACAUCAUCUGGUCCAAUUUGAAAUACCGCUGCAAUGACACCAUCCCAGAGGAUUUCCAGGAGUUCAGCACUCAGAACGGUGUUGACUCACUCUAAAGUCAAGACAAAAAUAUGAUACCAGAUCUCUAAAGACUGCUUCUGUGUGUGCGUGUGUGCGUGUUUAUCUGUGUAUUGAUGUGUACAGUUUCAGUGCAUAUGUGACAACAAUCACGUACUGUAUGUGCAUAUUAUCACGUCCGUUUUCUUUUCCCAAUCGUGUCUUCCUAUUUAAUCAUCUCUUAAAGACUCCAGCUGAGCUUAUUAUGCUGAAUAUUGUAAGUUAUGAUGAUUUCACUGAACAUGAUCCAACUUGACGUGACAUAAGAAUAAAGAACCAUGGAAUAAUGGACA